UUAUUACGCACUUUCCAAUAUGGCCGCCCCCAUCAAGUCAAUGUGUGUUUGGAUUUUGUAGAAGGUCGUCAUGUUAGCGAUCAUGAGAAAGGUAGCUCCGGUGACAAGGAGGGGGAAAGGCUGCUGUACAUUUAGGAAUAAUCUUUUUCCUGAGACAGUUAAGUGUGCUUCUACACAUGAACUUCGAUCAAACAUCGCCACUUGCCACCGGCUACGAACAGUGACAACUGGCACUGAAUCAAGUUAUUCCAGUAAAGAAAUAGAACCCCUAUUUCAGAAACGCUACAUUCCUGUGCGGACGUGUUACGAUCUUUGGUAUGAUGUCCCUAAAGCAGGUUUGUCCUUUGAUGUUGAGUACUAUGAUUCCUGCCCAGAUGAGUCGAUCGAUCCCUGAUGUACCAUUAGUGUUGGCUCUGCAUGAUUCGCCUGGAACCGCAGAGGACUUGCUCCCCGUUUUAAACCUAUUAGCGAGACUAGGAUACAGAGUCAUAGCUCCAAACUUCCCAGGUUAUGGUAAAACAAAAUGGCUGAACUGGAAAGAGUGGAAUGUCUUCACAGGAGCUCUGGAUGAAAAGAUGCUGUUUGUGUUUGACUUUCAGUCAGCAUUAGAUAUACGGAGAGUAGACGUGGUACUGGGGCACGGUUUGGGCUGCAGUACCUGUAUCGCUCUAGUGGGAACAGACAGCAACAUCUACAGAUCGACCGCCCUUCUUUGUCCAGCGGAACACACAGCCCUCAAACCAACCAGGGGACGGUUACGGUAUCAGAACGCUUUAAGGCUAAGUAACUUUUGGGAGAUGCUACAAACGCGCCCAUUUGUUUGGUUAUAUAUGAUGUUAAUGAAAGGUUCAUACGGAUAUUCUGGAUAUACUUCAAUGCAAGUGAUUGAUGCCGCCCGGACUAUAGCUGGCAGUCGCUAUAAAACGUUACAGGCAUUUAUGGUGAGACUCCAAAUGCAAGAUCUGCCAUGUCGUGUGGUGUACCACGGUGUAGAGGAUAGUAAGGUACCCCCUGAAGUAUCUAGGAUGUAUGCCGAACUACUGGGCAUUAAGCCCGAUGAAUUCUUAGUAUACCACAACGACAGGAAAGUCUCCAAUCCAGGUGAUAUUUUCAGUGUAAUGUUGUACUCUUUUCAGGUACAAAAAUUGUUAAAAGAUAAUUAUCUCAAAAUCUUAUUCUAGUUUUUUCAAACAUGUGACGAAAGGUUGCCCUUUAAACAACACCAUGGUGCAGUAUUCCUCUAUAACGAGAUCACGCAUGGAUCUCAGAAAUUGGACUACUUGAAUAUUUUUAAUAUCUUACCGUUAA